AUGCCCGCACAGAAGCGCAGAGGAGGAGGCGGACCCCGCAGCGCGAUCUCAGAGCGAAUUAAACAAGGACGUAAAGCAGAUCGCGAUGGCGAUUUGAAUAUGGGCGGACCGAGCACAAAUCCCAGGACGAACAACAGAAGGUAUCCAGCGGGGACUGUGGACCUUACCGACCGACGAAACCAGUCCAAAAUCAACAAGAACAACUCGAAGCACACUCCUCUCAACUCUAGAACCAACGCGCCCCCUCGUGGCGGGAAGAUUGUGGAGUUCAAGGUCACAGGCUGGGAGAAGAGCACGGUCAUACAUGACAGUGACAGAGGUCAGAAGUCACUCGAGAUAUGGCUGACAAAGGGCAUGAACAAGAGACUCGGCACCGCAGUGAAGCGACAAGCACAACUCAAAAAGACUCGGAGGGAAGGAGAUGUGCUCUUCGUAUAUGUGCAUGAGCUUGACUCAAAGGCACUGUCGAAGCUGAACGGCUUUAAGUGGGCUGGCGUGGAUCUCACGAUUGAACGUACCGACGGAUGGAACCAUCAACAACAACCGCAACAGCUCUCGGAAGGUAGCAUGAUGCUCAAGCAACUCUUCCGAGACCUCCUCGAGCGUCGGUACAAUAUGGACACCAAGCUGCUCGACCUCUCGGCCUUGUAUGAAGACCCCGCGCUGCAACAUCUCAAAGCCGACAUGCAGGCCGCCAAGUUCUUUGCUGCGCUCAUGAGAGUCUUACAGCAGUCCUUUGAGACGCCGGACGAUCUCUACGCAGCUGUCCAGAGUGUGUCCCUGGCCAACAAUAACCUCGAAAACGUUGACAAGGUGAAGGAUCUGUCGUAUGCUCUCCCAAAACUUCAAAAUCUCGACCUUUCGAACAACCAGUUUCAGAGACUCGACGCCCUCGACUUGUGGAGACGUCGCUUCCGAGAUCUACGACACCUUAUCGUUACUGGCAACCCCUUUGUGCAGAACGAACCCGACUAUGCCAAAGAGCUGGUUGGCCGAUACCCGAACUUGCGCAUACUCAACGACCUUCAAGUACGCACCGACGAAGAUGUCGCUCGACGAAGGACGACACGAGACUUGCCACUACCGAUCAAGGGUCCUCUGUUCGUUGACCAAGGUGAAGUCGUCGUCAACUUCGUGACCCAAUGGUUCGCGGGCUUCGACAACGACCGACUGGGACUUGUGCAGGCCUUCUACGAUGACAACUCACGAUUCUCCCUUGUCAUCAACGGGUCGGCACCACGUGACCCAGCCGGCUUUGCCGAUGAGUCUCAGGAGUGGGGAGUGUACAUGAAGUACAGUCGCAACCUUAAGAAGGUGUCUGGGCUUGGGUCACGAAUGGGCAAAUCUUACCGCACUGCCGCUGCUAUCGCGAAGCUCUUCCAAGAUCUGCCCUUGACACAGCAUCCGGACCUUAUGACAGAAGCACGCAAGUGGAUGAUUGAGUCCCACGUGCAGCAUAAUGUGUCGCAUCCAGGUCAGCCAGGUGGUUUCGAGGGCAUGUCAAUUGAUAUCCACGGCGAGUUUGACGAGAUCGACGGACGGACUGGCAGCACGAAGAAGCGCAGCAUGGACCACAAUAUUGUGAUCGGUCCCGGCAUGGUUCCUGGCCAAGUGCGUGUGCUCACCCACAUGCUCACCAUUCGAGCGUAUGGUGGCACGCAAGCCUUCGAACCCGAUGUCGUUACGAAUUACAACGCUCAUACACCACCUCCAGCUGCUGAGCCCGAGGCUUAUCAGGUCGCGGGUCUUGAUGAGGCCCAGGCUAUGGCUCUCUGCACCCAACUGUCCACGAAGACUGGGAUGACUAUGCAGCUCUGCAAAGACUGUCUCGACCAAGCUGGAUGGAAUUACCCUGUGGCUGAGGAAAUCUACCAGAAAGCGAAGCCCAACCUCGGAGGAGAAGCGUGGAUUAGGGGCGUUCCCCUCUGGUAA